AUGGGGUGUAGUGGGAGCUGUAGCCAUACCGUGGAAGCAGCCAGCGAUACCUCGGUGUUCUACGUGCCGAAGACCUUUCCAACACCUCCCAAGAGCUUCGAGCCAGACAGCUCCACCCACCAUCUCUACGUCCGGCAGCUGAACAGCUACCUCAUCAAUGUCGCCAAGAGUCCGCACGCCUUCCAGGUGCAGGUGGCGAGACGCCGCCAGGCACGCUUUGGGGAGGCCUGGGCUGAAGGCAACGUGCCGGAUAUGUCGGCGCAUCCGACCACGGCUGGGGCAAGCAUGAACGUAGCUCGCGCAGAUGCAGGGCAGUGCAGUGUGCGGCCGUUGCAACGGACUUAG